UUGAGGAUGAAGCAAGCAUUGGGAAGGAAGGGAGUUGAAGGAUAUCUCUCUCAUUACAUGAUCGAUCAUUCAUAGCAUAGUGUGAAAUUUGAGCGAUACCCUAAGAAGAAGAAGAAGAAGAAGAAGAAGAUGCCGAAGAAGAUGGGGGUGAACACGAAGGCGGAGGCGGCGAGGGCUCGUAAGAGCGCGGCGGAUACGGAGCGGAAGGAGAAGGAGAGUCGAGAGAAGGAGGACCAGUACUGGCGAGAGGCGGAGGGUUCAAAGUCACGCGCCGCGAAGAAGAAGGAGGAAGAGGCCGAAAAGAGGGCGGAGGCAGCCGCGCGGAAAGCGGAGGCGCGACGGUUGGCGGAGCAGGAGGAGAAGGAGCUGGAGAAGUCGAUGAAGAAGGUGGACAAGAAGGCGACACGGGUGUCGAUCCCGGUGCCGAAGGUGACGGAGGUGGAGCUGAGGAGGCGGAGGGAGGAGGAGCAGGCGGAGGCUGAGAGGAAGGCGGAGGAGGCUAAGAAGCAGCAGAGUCGGACGGCGGCAGAGGAAGAGUACGAGAGAAUGGUGCUUAUUUCGAACACUAAUCGCGACGAUUCGAUCAUCGAAGCAAGAACAUUGGAUGAUGCCAUCGCUCAGAUGACCGUCGUGGAUAACUUGCCCCCAGAUCGCCAUCCAGAGAGGCGCCUCAAGGCCUCAUUCAAGGCGUUUGAAGAAGCUGAGCUGCCCAAGUUGAAGGAAGAGAAACCGGGUCUUACUCACACUCAGUACAAGGACAUGAUAUGGAAGUUAUGGAAGAAAUCUCCUGACAAUCCUCUUAAUCAAAUUGCUGAGUGAAUGGUCAACUGCAACUGAAUGCAAUGCAACAGCUAAUAUUGGGCGUGGUGGCAUUUCUAAUUGGUAAAUGCUAUAAUACCUAUUUAGAUUACAGAAACAGUUAUCACAGCCUUCAUUUUCUUUCUCUGUAUGAGUUUCACUUUCUGUACAUGCACAUCAACUUUGAGUAGGACUCUUCUCCUACUGCUCUAUUAUUGUAUUUAAAUUGAUCCAACGAAUUAUGAUAUAUCCAAUUAAGUAUACGCUUCGUUGCACGUCUAAUAGUUUA